AUGUCUGCUGAGGUACUUGACGGUAUGCGAUGGCUGCGACAGAAUCCGGCAUUGGCUGCGGGGAUCGUGGUAGGGCUUUCAAGCUAUUCGAUUGCCAAGUAUUAUGAGUACGGAGAGGACAGCGACGACGAGAGUGACGACAGCAAUAAUUACAUGGUAGCUGCUCACAAUCAAGGAACACAAGACGAAAUUACAGGGUGUUUGAAAACUUUACGCCUCAACCUGCUUAGAACUGAUCUAUACGAAAAAAAGAGGUUCAGCAUGAUCAAUAAUUCUGUCAGUACUAAAUCUUUAUGGGGUCGCUCGGGCGGGCUUCACUUCGACAAGGUUUACGACAAGGAAGCAACUUUCUCAAAUGAUGCCAUCGAACAGGUGUGGUCAUGCUUGCAUGAAGGUGAAUGUCCGCCCGGAGAACAGUGUCGUGAUCCCGUCUGGGGAAUCGUGUUGGAGACUUACAUGACGUACUACCGAAUUGGUCAACGCCUUAUUAUCACGCGAGUGAUGGCAAGGGCAAUGGCGCGCUCGUCAGUGGGGAAGCGAAAUUCGUAUACCAUCGAAAAGAUAGUGCAAAACAGCAAAAGUCGUGUCGGCAGUGCUGUUACGAGACCUCUGGGCGCUGCGCUAGCGACAUUUUGGGAUUCUUGCGUUGCAUUCAACACAUCAUCCGAGUUUUUGUACUUUGACGGCGAGGACGACGACGGAACAUAA